ACCUUGAGCGUGCGGGGUCAGUGAGCGUGCGGGGUCAGUGAGAGCGUGCGGGGUCAGUGAGCGUGCGGGGUCAGUGAGCGUGCGGGGUCAGUGAGAGCGUGCGGGGACACCGUGAGUGUGCGGAGAGACCUUGAGCGUGCGGGGAGACCUUGAGCGUGCGGGGAGACCGUGAGCGUGCGGGGACACUGUGGAGGGACUGGCUUCGUGGGCAGAGCCCUGACCCAGCUGCUGCGGAGCCGCGGGCACCAAGUGACCCACGUGUCUCGACAGGGGGGCAAGGAUCGGAUCAGCUGGGUGCGAGAUGAGAGCGGUCACAGGAGGGGGCCGUGGCAGGGCCGAGGAACAAGCCCGCUGGCCCUGGCCUGCCAUGGCAUAGAGGGAAUCUGCCGCAGGGAAUCUGACUCCUAUGGAUGUACUUUUGGGCUCCUGGGUGCUCCAUGGGUCACAGUCAUUGGAAUGGGUACUGCUGUAGUUCCAAGGAGCAAAACCUUCUCCAUUCAUGCUUGUGCUCCAGGCAGUGUCAGGAAGGAACUGGCUGGAGUUCAUAGGAGCCUGCCCUGCUUGGUUGUUGGGAAGGCUUGAGCAGAGGGGAGGCUUGAUAUGUGAUGUUUCUGUUACUCCUGCCUAGGAAGAGUUGUCCCGCACUGGACUGCCCCUGUGUGAUGCCGUGGUCAACUUGGCUGGCGAAAAUGUGCUCAACCCUUUCCGCAGGCUAUUACUGCCCCAGUCCCACAGCUGAGUAUACUGAAGACAGUCCUGGAGGGAAUUUUGACUUCUUCUCACGCCUGGUGAGCUCCUGGGAGGCUGCAGCUCUCAUCCCUGGGAGCCCAGCUCGUGGAGUUGUGGUGAGAUCAGGUGUAGUGCUGGGUCGAGGUGGUGGUGCAAUCUCUCAAAUGCUUUGGCCUUUCCGUCUGGGACUUGGAGGCCCCUUGGGCUCUGGGCUCCAGCCCUUCCCAUGGAUCCAUAUUCGGGACCUGGCUGGGAUUGUGUGUCACGCCCUGGAGAGUGAGUGCCUGCAAGGUGUCCUCAACGGUGUUGCCCCGUCCUCCUCUGCCACCUCCAACGGCACCUUUGCUCGGGAGUUUGCUGCAGCCCUGGGGCGCCCAGCCCUGCUACCAGUGCCUGCCUGGGCUGUGCGGGCUGUCUUUGGGGCAGAGCGGGCUGUCAUGCUGCUGGAGGGACAGAGGGUGCUGCCGAAACGCACCCUGGAGAGUGGCUACUGCUUCAUCUUCCCUGACCUGGCUGGAGCUCUGAAGGAGAUUGUGGCUUGAGGCUUCCUUGGCUGGGCUGGGCCGGGCCCUGUUUUUGUGAGCUCACAUGCACUCACCUGGGUGAAAGAGGGGAGCCCUGCCCCUUGACACUUCCCCAUCCCCAUCCAGAAAGAGUGAGCGAUCUUUUCCCCAUCUGUCUCCCUGUGUGCACCCCCAGUUUGAGUCAUCCCUCUUACUGCCAUCUGCAAUCUCUGCGUUAGCUGCAUUGCAUUUGGGGAAGGGCACAAGCCCCUCAAAGGAUUGUGACUGUGGAAUUGCACAUCUUUCUUUUUCCACAAUGUGCAUGUGAACUGCUGGCAAAGUAGCUGGGGGUGGGAUGUCUUCUUCCCUGAGAGGUGGGUGGCAGCAGGAAACUGGUUGUAGUUAUUAGCUGUUGUAAUUCUUCCGUGGUACUGGAAGUUUUUCCCCAUCUUUCCUUCAUGAUGACAUAGAAACCUACUUACGCUCUUCUGCUUUGCCUUUCUCAAUCUCAGUGGUUGUGCUGGUUUAAAGGUAAACCGUCAGGGGAAAUGAACCCAACUCAAAAGAGAUUGUAAGUCAGAAUAACAAUUUAAUAAAAAUAAUACAAUAAAUACAAUUAUACAGACGACCAAUUGGUUUUAGCCCACAAAAACCCAGAUGUAUAACCCAGCACCCUGGGGCACGAACAGAAUGUUGUUUGUUGGCUCCCAUGCUGAGCUCCACGUGAUCCCCUGAGUCCAAAAGUAAAAGGAGAGGAGAAAAACGUGUUGGUGCGAGUGACGGUCGCAGUCUGGUUGAGAGUGGUGGUCACAGUCUGGUCGAGGUUCUGGUCCUUCUCUGGAUCCCGUGGGUGGUACCAGAAGUCCCAAGACACAAGAGUGAGUUCCUACUGGCUCCCAGAGCUGCUACCACAGGCUGUGGUGCCUGCUCCCUCUCUCCCCCAUCUGACUUCAGUAUUGGUCCCAAAUCCAUGCAUGCUGGCUCCCCAGUAGCUGACACUUAGCCCUUGCAGUGCUCACAUGGGACAGUGAGGUUGCUCAGAGAGUUAUGGAAGGAUAGAAUAAGCCAGGAUGCGUUGUGGUCAUGUGUAGAGCUCAGUCAGACCAGCACUGACUGGCCCUGUUUUACACCCACCCAGCCUCUUAUAACCCUUUUCUGUCUAACCCCCUUUUGGCUGCUCACUACCCUUGCCUGUUCCCUCACCAACUAACACAUCCAACAUCCUGGCUACUCAAGUUUGUAUCCUUAGUUGCAAAGUCCUGGCUGCCUAUAGCUUCUUGAGAGCUCAUCAGUUGGUGUGAAUGGUGGCAUUUUUUUCUGGUUAUUGGCUUUGUUAAUGUUAAUAGGUCAGGUUUUCUAACUCUCUUUUGUUUCCCUCCCUUUCCUUCCCUACUGUAAAAAUAAAUGUUCUCAGCCUUACCCCUUCAGGUGACUGAUCAGGUUUGUUUUUAUCACGUCUGGCUCCCCAUCAUGUGUCUGGUUUAUCUCUGUGUUGUUUAUGGCUCCUUUGACCAGAUAUCCCUAAAUGAGCAGACAUGCUCCUUCCACAUCCCCUGAUACUGCCCCACUGCCAGGAAUUUUGGCAGAAGCUGCACUCCUCCUUGAUCUGCUGGAGCCCAAUGGGCUCCCUAUGGGCUGUGCUCAUGGGGGCAAUGACCCCUCUGGGCAUUGAAAGGGUUGGUUGUGUGUGUGCAGGGGCUGUGAUCGCUGGCCUCAUCAGAGGCAAUAGGCAGGAAGAUGCUGAGGCAUUUAAAAUCAGUAGCACCUCUGUAAGUGUAUCAGUUUGUACAGGCAAGUCCAGUGUAUGAUAGGUGCAUCUCUCCAGGCACCGGGAUGUGGGAUGUCUGUGGCUGAAUGGAUCCUGGGGUUUUGGUCUCAUUCCAGCCAAGCUGAGUGAUCUGCACUGGUGCCUUGCUUUGCAGUUAGCUUUGGGCUGACUGCUGAGUUGCAUCACAGUAUCAAAGACAGCUUAAUUCGGAGUUUUUGGAACCACUGAUAGUUCUGCACCAUUUGCGUUGUUAGUCCACCUUACACAUUCUUUCACAAAUUGUGAGACAUUGCUGUUUUCCUAAUAAAAGUUGUCAUUUCC